CAUUUUGGCUUAUUUUCUUUAUGCUCUCUGAAAUGGCUAAACUUCUAGACUCACUUCCUCUUCCGGUUCAACUCACCUCUCCAACUCGUCCUUCCGUUCUCCCGAGUUGGCUCAGCUGCUCAGUUCCCUUCUCCACCGAUUACACUCGCUGCUUCUCCACGUCUCAUAAAAACCAACCGACUAAAGCUUUUGCAGUUGCAAGUAGAAGAACAACAAUGGGUUUGAUAUUUUCCAGUUAUAUAAUUACAGAAAUUGGUUUAGGUUUCCAAGAUCCCGCAUUGGCUCAAUCCUCAGUUGGGUUUAGAGAAUAUAUAGACACAUUUGAUGGGUAUUCUUUCAAAUACCCACAAAAUUGGAUUCAGGUUAGAGGUGCAGGAGCAGAUAUAUUUUUUAGGGAUCCAUUUGUUCUAGAUGAAAAUCUAUCAGUGGAGAUGUCAUCUCCUUCAUCUUCGAAGUAUAAAAGUGUUGAGGACUUGGGUCCUCCUCAAGAAGCUGGAAAGAAAGUGCUUAAACAGUAUUUGACAGAGUUCAUGUCUACUAGACUUGGUGUAAGGCGGGAAUCAAACAUACUCUCCACUUCUUCUAAAGUAGCUGAUGAUGGCAAGCUCUAUUAUCAAGUUGAGGUGAAUAUAAAGUCUUAUGCAAAUAAUAAUGAGAUGGCCGUUAUGCCACAAGAUAGAGUUGUUCGUUUGGAAUGGAAUAGAAGGUACCUAUCAGUUCUUGGAGUUGAAAAUAAUAGGCUUUAUGAACUGAGAUUACAAACACCAGAGAAUGUGUUUGUGGAAGAGGAAAAUGACCUUCGUCAAGUUAUGGAUUCAUUCAGAGUCAACAAAGUAGCUGGUUGAUUUGUUGAGGUCUAAUAGAUUCAUUUCACAUUUUGUAAUUUAGGAUUCUGUAUUUUUAUGAUUUCCCAUUCCUUUU